AUGACUUCGAUUCGCGUCUAUCAACAACUACGGUCUGACGCCAACAACAACUAUACCUACAAAUUGAUCCAACUCCCACCCAAUCUUUUAACUCACUUAUCGACAUCACCUAGCCCUCACCUCGACUUGAAAACGAAGAGAGUCAAUAAUAAGGGCACAGCAUCUGUCACUAACAACAACGGUGAUGAUGACGAUAAUGAUGCCACUGUUGUUGUAUGUACGCGAGAUGCAACCUUUAAAUUACGCCAGAAUAACCAUUCCAAUUGUGUGUUGCUUAUGAAUCAAUGUAGAAUCGGCCAUCACGAAAAGCAUGAAAAUGAAAAUGGAUACAAUGAUGAUGACGACGAUGAUGAUGUAUUGAUGGGAUUCGCUAAAUGCAAUUAUGUCUAUGAAUUGACAACUAUCCCCGGGUCAAUAUUAGAUAUCGUUCCUGAAUACGGCAACAAAGUGAAGAGUUCUCAAGUGACAAGAGAUCAACUAAUUGCAUCGAGUCCAUGUUCACUAGCUGAAUUUGAAAAGAUUUACACUGAAUCAUGCCUUUGUGAAAUCGCCACCGACAUCAUCGACACCACCAGCAACACUGGAGAUAUGUAUGUUUACAAAUUAUCGCACGAAUCAAUUUCACAAAUCUUGCAUACUCUAAUCACGUACUUAAUAAGUGAAAACAGAUUAAACCACAGCUUUAGCAUUUCGGAGUUGGAUUUGGCCACUGGUAGUGCUCACGCUCAUCAGGGUGUAUUUGAUAACUGGCAACCAUCAAUGAUUCAUGCCGUCAUUUAUAAAUUCACUACCCCAACCCCAGAUCAAGGGCAAGACCUAUCGACAGUAGAUCCAUUACACAGGCCACUACGUUUGAAUGAUGAGUCCAUUGCCCAUUGGUUUGGUAUUCAAGAAUUAUCGAAAUUGGAUGCCUCAUUUGGCUCUAGCACCACCACAGUGGCUGAUUUCUUGUUGAAUUGGAAAACGGCCUUGCCUUCUUUUUACAACGUCCCGCUUGAAAUCAUCCACCUCCGUGGCCACUACUACACAACCUCACCCACAACCACAAGCUCCAGUAGCUUCUCCACAGCCAACUCCUUAGUGGUUAAAUUCAUUGACCAGUCGAGUCUAAGUCGAGAUGUAGCCACUCGAUUCAAGCAACUACUUGCAAUCCAAUCGCAAUGGAAAUACGACGAAUUUAUUGCAUGUUUGGCCCCUGUAAUUGAACCAGGUAAGAAGAUUGAUACGACAAUUUUGAAAUAUGGUAAAAAGAAACGGGUCAAACGAGAUCAAUUUAUCGUUUGUGGGAGAUAA